CCAAAUCUUCCCAACGAUCAAAAUUCCCAUACGGCCAAUGCUCCAAUUCCCUCCUCACUGAUUCCCUCAAGCCACUCAACUCCCCCACCAAUUUCAGCAUCUGUCCGUCGUCCUGCUCGUAGUAAACAUCCCAACCCAAAAUACUUUAAUUCGUCUCUUAUUAAUGUUUCCACAGUACACUCUCCUCCUUCUACUCUUGAACCCCGGACUGUCACACAAGCUCUCAAGGAUCCACUCUGGAGGCUGGCCAUGGAUGAUGAGUUUUCUGCCUUACAGCGCAAUGGGACCUGGGAUCUUGUUCCCUAUACUGGUCAACCUCUUGUUGGAUGUAAAUGGAUCUUUCGAAUCAAGCGAAAACCGGAUGGCUCUGUGGACAGGUACAAAGCCCGUCUUGUCGCUAAAGGUUACUCUCAAGAGGCUGGAAGGGAUUAUUUUGAGACUUUCAGUCCCGUUAUGAAGCCUGUAACUGUUCGUAUUGUCCUCUCUUUGGCCUUGAAUCAUGGGUGGUCUAUUCGACAACUUGACAUCAAUAACGCCUUCCUUAAUGGUACACUUCAAGAGGUUGUUUAUCUUAAUCAACCGCCUGGAUACGUGGACACUAAGCAUCCCACUCAUAUUUGCCGUCUCCGUAAAGCCCUUUAUGGCUUGAAACAAGCUCCCCGGGCCUGGUAUGUUGAGCUCUCUACCUUUUUGGUUCAGUUUGGGUUUCAAAAGUCUAAAGCUGAUCCAUCACUCUUCAUCUAUACGGUCAAUGGCAUAACUAUGAUUUUUCUCGUAUAUGUGGAUGACAUUGUUCUCACAGGCAACAACGAUUCAUAUCUUACCAAAUUUGUAAACCUGCUUGCUUCCCGGUUUUCUUUGAAAGAUUUGGGUCCACUUCAUCAUUUUCUAGGAAUUGAGGUUGUCUCCACUCCUUCUGGUAUGUUUUUAUCACAGGCUCAAUAUAUUUCCGAUAUCCUAGACAAAUUUCAUAUGAACGGAUCUAAACCUGUAUCCACUCCUAUGGCUUCUACGGAGCAUCUACCUCCGGCUAAUGCAUCUCAUGCAGUGGAUAUUUCUGAUUAUCGUCGGCUCCUUGGUCUUCUUCAAUACCUCAGUCUCACACGUCCGGAUAUCUCCUUUGCAGUCAAUCGCUUAUCUCAAUACCUGCAUGGUCCCUUAGACGCUCACUGGUUGGCAGCUAAACGUGUGUUACGUUACCUACAGGGUACUAUCUGUCAUGGCUUAUUUUUACGCCCAGGAUCAAGUCUUUCUCUUACAGCAUUUACUGAUGCUGAUUGGGGUGGCAAGUCUACAUCCGGCCGCUCUACCACUGCAUAUAUCAUUUAUCUAGGAUCUAAUAUUAUAUCUUGGAAGUCCGCUUUACAAAAAUCUGUGUCUCGAUCCUCUACCGAGGCUGAGUAUCGAGCCAUUGCUAAUGCUACAGCUGAAGUUCUUUGGAUCCAAAAUAUAUUAACUGAAUUGCAGGUCACUUGUUCUACACCUCCCAAGCUGUUUACAGAUAAUUUGAGUGCUACCUAUGUUUGUCGGAAUCCUGUUUUUCAUUCUCGCAUGAAGCAUCUCUCCUUGGAUUAUUUCUUCGUUCGUGAUCUUGUUGCAGAUGGUUCUUUAAUGGUUUCUCAUGUUUCUUCCAAAAAUCAACGUGCAGAUAUGCUAACUAAACCCUUGGGUCGGGCCCUAUUUCUUCACUUUAGGUCCAAGAUUGGAGUCUCCAAUGGAUCCUCCAUCUUGCGGGGGCGUGUAAAGGAUAAUAUUUAGUUAGUUAUUAUUAUUUAUUCAUUUAUUGUUGUAAUUAUCUUGUACAUAUUCUAGUUGUACUUAUCUUAUACGUACACUGGCUGUACUUAUCUUCCUGAGAGUCAUGAUAAGAGAAUGACUCUUGUACUAUAAAGCUCUCAUGUAACCAGAACAUUAUUAUCAAAAAUAUCAUUCAUCAAAC